UACCUAGGCCCCGCCCCAUGAGCUGGGCACGGGCAGUGGGGCGCCCGGGAGAGAACCCAGCUUGCUUGGGGUUUGGGGGAGGCGGUGGUGGCUCUGUAGAAGGAAGAAGAGUGGGGCGGGAGGAAGCAGCGGUGGCGAUCCGGUCAGGGUGAUGGUGCAGGUGCUAAGGGCCGGCGCGGAGCUGCCGCGCUGAGGGGCGACGGGUCCGGAGUCCGCAGCGCCGCCGCGUCGCUCCCGAGGACGGGCGAGCGGGCGGGAAGAUGCUGAGCAGGUUGAUGAGCGGCAGCAGCAGGAGUCUGGAGCGCGAGUACAGCUGCACCGUGCGGCUGCUGGACGACAGCGAGUACACCUGCACCAUCCAGGUCAGCGCCGCGCCGCCCGCCCGCCCGCCCGCCGGCUCGCGGGAUCCGGCUCCCCAGACUCGGCCAAGUUGGCGGGGUCCGCCGCCCGGGGUCGCUCCAGCUCUAACCCCGGCGCGGCGCUUUGUCCGCCCCGCAGCCGCACCGCCCGGCGCGCGGCAUCCCAGCCCGAGCUCAGCCGGGCACUGGUACCACGCGCCGCGCGCCCCUGCGGGAGAGAUGCCAAAGGCCAGUACCUGUUUGACCUCCUUUGCCACCACCUGAACCUACUUGAGAAAGACUACUUUGGGAUUCGUUUUGUGGACCCAGAUAAGCAGCGGCAUUGGUUGGAGUUUACAAAGUCAGUGGUGAAGCAGCUGAGAUCCCAGCCUCCGUUCACCAUGUGCUUCCGCGUGAAGUUUUACCCUGCCGACCCCGCUGCCCUGAAAGAGGAAAUAACCAGGUACUUAGUCUUCCUUCAGAUCAAAAGGGAUCUCUACCACGGCCGUCUUCUCUGUAAAACAUCGGAUGCCGCCUUGUUAGCGGCCUAUAUCCUUCAAGCGGAGAUUGGGGAUUAUGACCCGGGAAAGCACCCUGAAGGCUACAGCUCCAAGUUCCAAUUUUUCCCGAAACAUUCAGAGAAACUGGAAAAGAAAAUUGCUGAGAUUCACAAGACCGAACUCAGUGGUCAAACACCAGCAACAUCAGAGCUGAAUUUCUUAAGAAAGGCCCAGACGUUAGAGACCUACGGAGUGGACCCUCACCCAUGUAAGGAUGUGUCGGGAAAUGCUGCGUUUCUGGCCUUCACUCCUUUCGGGUUUGUUGUUCUUCAAGGAAACAAGAGGGUCCACUUCAUUAAAUGUAUCCUGUUUGCCUCUUUUACUGCAGCCAUUCACUGGGCUGGUGGCUUCAAGGAUUUUUCUACAAUAACCCCUAAGCCCCUUUCCUGGAAUGAGGUGACCAAGCUGAAAUUUGAAGGAAAGACUUUCUAUUUAUAUGUAAGUCAGAAAGAGGAAAAAAAGAUUAUUCUCACAUAUUUUGCCCCAACUCCAGAAGCCUGCAAGCACCUCUGGAAAUGUGGAAUUGAGAACCAAGCCUUCUACAAGCUGGAAAAGUCAAGCCAAGUCCGCACAGUGUCCAGCAGCAAUUUGUUCUUUAAGGGGAGCCGGUUCCGAUACAGUGGCCGGGUCGCAAAGGAAGUAAUGGAGUCCAGUGCCAAGAUCAAACGGGAGCCGCCAGAAAUACACAGAGCAGGGAUGGUCCCUAGCCGCAGCUGUCCUUCUAUAACCCAUGGCCCACGACUGAGCAGCGUCCCCAGGACACGAAGAAGAGCUGUGCACAUCUCUAUCAUGGAAGGCCUUGAGUCGCUACGAGACAGUGCCCAUUCCACCCCAGUGCGGUCCUCUUCCCAUGGGGACACCUUCCUGCCUCACGUGAGAAGCAGCCGGGCAGACAGCAAUGAACGUGUCGCUGUGAUAGCGGAUGAGGCCUACAGCCCCGCAGACAGUGUGCUGCCCACCCCUGUAGCCGAGCACAGCCUGGAGCUGAUGCUGCUCUCCCGGCAGAUCAACGGGGCCACGUGCAGCAUUGAGGAGGAGAAGGAGUCGGAGGCCAGCACCCCGACUGCGACAGAGGCGGAGGCCCUGGGAGGAGAGCUGAGGGCCCUGUGUCAGGGGCACGGCGGGUCAGAGCAAGAACAGGUGAAUAAGUUUGUUUUAAGUGUUCUCCGUUUGCUCCUUGUGACCAUGGGACUCCUCUUUGUUUUGCUCCUCCUCCUGAUCAUCCUUACUGAGUCUGACCUUGACGUUGCUUUUUUCCGAGAUAUCCGCCAGACCCCCGAGUUUGAACAAUUCCACUAUCAAUACUUUUGUCCCCUCAGGCGAUGGUUUGCCUGCAAAAUCCGCUCAGUGGUGAGCCUGCUCAUUGACACCUGAGAAGGCAUGACUCCUCCCAAUAACUAGCCGGGUGGACCAAGGAACCCGGCUACCCAUUCCCAGCAAUGGGACCCAUCGCGGAACCAUCGGCACACACACCAAGUCCUCUCAUGACUCAAAGUCCACUGAGCCUAGCAGGGUUCUUUCCCAGCAGAAGAAAGGGAUAUAGGCUAAUGCUCUGUAAACCGGGAACAUUCAGUUUCUUCAGAGGCUCUUCCGAGAAAGGCUCAGCAACUCAAAUGUUUCUCAUCCUUCAAUAUGCAGAAUAAUUUGGGGGUUUGAACUUUUAGUUUUUCAUAGAUGUGUAUUAUUUUGAAAGUAUCCAAAUAAAAGUCACUUAUUUUACUAGACUGAUGAUUGCAGUAGUGUCACCCAGUAGAUGGGACACUAGCUGAAGACUCAGACUGUUGUCCUCUGUACCCUGCAAUUUUCUCACUGGUGCCAGUGGGUUCCGGGAGACCCAGCAGGGCAGGCCGGGGCUGUGGGCAGGCAGGAAUGGCUUCCUCGCCAGACAGGAAGGUUUCACAAAGUAAACGGCGUAGAAUGAUUAAAUAGAAAGUUGCUUCUUACGAUAGUCUGAGUUGGAUUUUCUUUCCCUUUUGUUUGUUUUUGUUUUUUCAAAUCUGAGCAGAGAGUGCAUCUGAAGGGACCACAGCUACAGCAGCAGCAGUGGAAGGGGUGGGGUAAGUCUGUCCCCUUAGACUAGAGCCUAGUGAACACCUGAGUUGUAUUUAAUGUUUUGCUUUUCUUUCUGAAGAACCUCAAGACUUUUAGUGCUUCUGGGGUGUCAAAGUGGUGCCAGAGUGUGCGGUCAGAGAUGUCCCACAGCACAGUUACCAGAGACCUGUGCUGAGUCACACGAGAGCCUGCAGAGCCGCAGGGAGCUGUGCUUGUCUUGUUACAGUAUGCCCCUCCCCCCAAAAAAGACUAUUUCAAGCUCUAUUUUAACAGCAAAAUGUUAUUUUCCUAUCUAUUCCUAUUUUGUUUUCACUUUAUGAAUCAAAAGAUGCAAGAGAGAGACAGAUCUGAGGAAGGCAUCGAGAAGGAGCAGCGGCCUUGGAAGGGACCAGGAAGCACUAAGCAGGACCUCUAAGCAAUGCCUACAGGUGACAGAAUUUGACCAUGGCAGAGACCAGCACUUACUAUAGGAAUGCCACCCUUAGGGUCAACCCCUGCUCCUGGAAACAAGGUCUAAGAGCACUUAGUGUCGUCCCUCACAGCAGCAUACGUGUACACACACACACACACACACACACACACACACACACACGCACGAGCUGCAGUCCCUAAGCCUCUACACUUCUUACCACCAAUAACACACAAGAGCAUGUUUUCAUCUCAGGGAGACCGCAAGUCAUCUGAGGCCCAAGGACUCACGUAAAGGACAGUCAAAGGGCACACUCCUGGGACCAGAAAACAGUGGAGCGGAGCAGCCCCAACAGAUUGGGCGGUAGAAUAUUUGAGCUUCCCUUAUUUGUUGCCUGGGGUAGAACCAUGUCCACAUUCAGAAUAUGACAGCCAUUAAAAGCAACAACAACACCCAAAAACAAACAAAUGGGGUUUUGAAGAUGCUGGGAGGGCAUUUACAUAAUUUUAAAGAAAGAUGACAUCCUUAUCUAGACCAGAGGUCAACAAACCUCUUUUAAUAAAAUUUUGAUUUUGUGGACCAUGCUCUGCCACCCUAGCACGCCUCUGAUAAUGCAUGCAUAGAAGAACAUGGCUUGCUCUGAGAAAAUUUUAUAAAAACAUAGGGCUGAGGAUGUGUAGCUCAGAGGGUAAAGUAUUUUUCUAACAUGUAUAAGGCCCUGGAUUUGACUUCAAACAAUACACAAAACCAGGUGUGGUAGCAUAUACCCGUGGUCCCAGCAUUCAGCAGGGAGACGGGAAGAUCAGAAGUUCAAGGCAAUCCUCAGUCAGUGAGUUAAUCCCAGUCUGGGAUACAUGAGGUGUCUCAGACCACCGGCUUCCCACUCCCUAAAAACAAACCUAAAUCUGCAAUAUGCUGAGAGACUGGUCCCCAGCAGUACGAUGCAAACCCUGGUCUACACAGGGCCAGCUUCCAUUGCUGUUUUGUGUAAGCUACCCAGAACCAUUUCCCAAUGGGCAGGGUGCUCCAACAACCAACCAGCAGUGAUGUGUGUCAUCUGAUACCAAGAUCAAGAAGUACUGCCACUGUGAACAGCGGUGACACUAUGAACGGGUCCAGGCCUAUCUGAUCAUUUCCGUACCAGCAACAAUUUGUGUGAGAUCUAAAACAUAUACCACAUGACAAGACAAACUGAGGGGAUCCUAGUAAAGACCAGAGGUUACUUAAAAGCAAUGAGCCACUGCUGCUUGUCAACUGCAUAACCAAGGUGUGUACUCAGCACAGGACUGACAGCAAAGGCUACUGGGAAACAGGGCUGUGUGAACUGGGAUUUCUAUUCUUAUGCAACAUAGCAGAUUGCCUUCUAGAGUGGUGCUCCUACCUCAGUCUGUAGAACACAGUGUCUAUGCAGUGAGUGGUAGUCUCGCCUCUGACCUUUCAUAGCCUCGAGAGAGGCAGCCUGCCAUUGCCUGGUGUGUUUCUUGUGUCUAGAGUCCUAACAGUGCUGCGAUCCGUGCCAUUUCCAACAUCUGACCCAGAAUCUUCAGGUCAUUUUCUCCCUCAAGGCUUAGCCCAGAAAAUAAGGACAGAAAAGGCUCCCUUCGAUUCGGUUUCCAAAUAGUUUUCAAUAGUUCAGUAACAAACCCCCUUUACUGGUGACUAGUGUUUUUCAUCAUUUCCCCAUCAUUACAAAAGUUUCUGUUUUCGUCUGGUUUUGCCGUAUUCUGUGUCUCUUCUUUCCUCUCAGAAUUAUUGAUCUCACUGUAGAAAAGCAGAUCUGCCUAGCAUUAUUGAUCAGAGGAAAUACUUACUGAAUAGUGGACUGCAUCUUUAAGCAGUAGAGGAUAAACUACCUACAAAUGUGAAUUUCUUAGUUUCACUUAAAAGUAUACACCUGUUAACCUUUCGUGUGCCAAAUCUAAGUUACGUUUUCCUUCAAAGCAAUGUACUCUUUUCUACAUAUGUAGUAUGUAGUUAGCAUAAAAUCAUUGGUGCCAUGAAGAUUAUUUUUAAAUCCAAUAAAUAUUUAAAUACCGUAA